UAAUAGAUUUCUAGAUAUGGUUAAGACUAUAAAGCAAAGUAGAAAGCCAUCACAUUUUACAUCCACUGCAAAAGGAGCUGCCAAAAUGUCCUUCUCAGGAAAAUAUGAGCUUCAGAGCAGAGAGAACUUUGAGCCAUUCAUGAAAGCCAUUGGAACCUCAGAUGAAGUGAUUCAAAAAUACAAAGACGUGAAAAGUAUCACGGAGAUCAUUCAAAAUGGAGAUCACUUUGAUUGCAAAAUCACAACUGGAGAUAAUGUGAUUCACAACGUAUUUACCAUAGGACAGGAAGCUGAGUUUGGAACACUCUCAGGCAGUAAGCUGAAGUCCACAGCAAAUUUUGAUGGUCCAAACAAGAUUGUUGUCAAAUUCGAUGCAGCAACAUUGGUUACAGAACUGAAUGAGGACAAACUAAUUGAUAAACUAACGGCUGGAAAUAUCACCUACACAAGAACCAGUAAAAAACUAUAAAGUGGUUUGUCUUGAAGUGAACAUACUUGUCUUGUGUGAGUCACUUCAAAUAAAAUGCAACGGUUUGGAAAAUUCA